GGAGGGACAGGCAGGACCGCGAUGGGUCACAGCCGACAUUUAUCCCACACAAACCGAACUAAAGUCCGGACCGAGCCGCUAGUGAUGGAUAGGCGAUAGUUCCGGUGUUUUGUGUGUUUCGCGGUGUAUUGACUCGUAGUUUAUGAAGGCGGAGCGGUAGAGUUUAGCUAACUUGGCAGAAUUGUUCUUCCAGGGGAGGAAGUUUGCUGCGACGGAGGACACAUAAUAGGAAACCGGGGAGGGCCAAACUAUCCCGACAUGGAGGACUCCGGCUCGGCCCUGGAGAAAAAUGUGGCUGACCUCACGGUCAUGGACGUGUACGACAUCGCCGCGGUGGUGGGCCAAGAGUUCGAGCGGAUCAUAGACCAGUACGGCUGCGAGGCGCUGUCCAGGCUCAUGCCCAAAGUGGUGCGGGUGCUGGAGAUCCUGGAGGUGAUGGUGAGCCGGAGCAGCAUCAGCCCGGAGACCGAGGAGCUGCGGCUGGAGCUGGACAAGCUGCGGCUGGAGCGGAUAGACCGGCUGGAGAAGGAGAAGAAGCACCGGAAGGAGCUGGAGCUGGUGGAGGACGUCUGGAGAGGUGAAGCUCAGGACCUCCUCACCCAGAUCGCUCAGCUGCAGGAGGAGAACAAAAGCCUCCUCACCAACCUGUCCAUCAAAGACCCCAUGAGUGAGGAAGACCUGCAGAGGCAUGAGGGUAUGACGGAGAGAGAGCGGCAGGUGAUGAAGAAGCUGAAAGAAGUGGUGGACAAGCAGCGAGACGAGAUUCGAGCCAAGGACCGAGAGCUCACGCUGAAAAACGAGGACAUAGAAGCACUCCAGCAGCAGCAGUCCCGCCUGAUGAAAAUCAACCAUGACCUGCGACAUAAAAUCUCUGUGGUGGAGGCUCAGGGGAAGGCACUGAUUGAACAGAAGGUGGAACUGGAGGCCAGCGCUCAGGCGCGGGGGCAGGAAGUCGGCGCCCUUCGGCAGGAAGUCACACGCCUGAGAGAACGACUUCAAGGAGACCUGCCAGUCCAGAACCCUGAGGAACCCCCACCUCAGCCCCCAUCACCUGCAGAGCGUGGUAAAGCUGCUGCAGUGUUGGUGGGGGCCGAGGGCUGGUCAGACAGACAUGGCCCCCCCGAGCCGAUGUCGGCUGGGUUUGACCCCUCCCUGCCACCCCUGCCUGGUUCCCUCAGCCCGGGGGGACACGAGGACGGGGAUGAGGAGGCAGAGGACGAGGCAGUGUUGCUUUGGGAGGCGAUGUGCGAUGAAGACAUGCCUGCUGUGUUCCAAUAUUUUACCAAGGAGGCGUUGUGCGAGGAGGAGACGGGAGGCCUGGACCCGAAGGACCCCAACCGGCCCCGGUUCACCCUGCAGGAGCUGAGGGACGUCCUCCACGAGAGGAACGAGCUCAAGGCCAAAGUCUUCCUGCUGCAGGAGGAGCUGGCCUACUACAAAAGUGACGAGACAGAUGACGAGAUCGUCACUCCCAGUCCGUCUCCCUCUCCUGAGCUGAGGACUCGCUCUCGUUCUUCUGCCCAGCCAGAGUCAGGAAUCAAACGCCUGUUUAGUUUCUUCUCGCGUGACAAGCAGCGGAGCUCGCAGAGGAGCGCGCCGUUCGACGGCAGCCUCGGCUCGUGGGCGGGGAAGGACGACGUGUACACAGAACAAGCCCAGGAGGCGUUACAGCACAUGUAGUCGCCAGGGAGGACUUGUCCACGUCUGUCAGACUCCAGAACUCUUAACACUCCAUGUCCAUCACUCGAGGCCGCCGACUGCACGCCGAACCACCACUAGAGACUCACACCGCAGCUGAAAUAUCACGUGCUUGAGGUGAAAAAGACGAGUGGAUCCAGCUUAGAUUAAAAAAAAAACCCUGUAAAAAUGUUUAUUUAAACACCCGAGAGCCGUGAAGGCGCCUACAGACCGAACAGCUUCAACGCCAGAGGACAUGUGGUGCCUUCAGGAUCAGACGGGAUCAUGUAAACCGGAGAGGAGAAGGGAAGCUCAAGUCGAAGGGUGGAAAAGUGGAAAGUUGUUGGAACAUGAUGGUAAACGUGAACGUACGUUAAAACACAGACGAAGGCGUGAGACACACACGUGUGCCGCACAUGAUCCUUGUUGACCAAAUGAAAAUGAAUUUAAAGGCUUUGAGACGUGAUGGAAGACGAGUUUUAUCUUACGACCCCCGUAGGAUCAAAAGCGGGUUUUCACCUGCUGAUCUUGAGAUUUACUCUCAGAAUGAAAGCAGCACUUUUGCAUCCCAGUAAUUUAUUGAAAAUCUCUGCCCUUGUUCUUGAGGGCAGCGCGUCGGUGCCUCACCAGCGUUUGGCAAAACUAUGCAGCUCUUCAGAUACGAAGAGGACGAGGCUCGUGGAUAAAAUGAUGCUUAGAAUCACACUUUAAAAGCUGUGUACAGGAAAAGAUAAAAACACUUACAAAUGCUUUUAUUUAUAACAUAUGUUGCAGUAUGCAGCAAGUAUGGAAGCCCGCUCCUGCCAAGAAGAACAGAACGUACAUAAAGGGUUCGGCGUGAUGAAAACAAAAACUAUGAUCAAGUGAAAAUGAAAUCUGAGCCACUUCUUCCUAAGUGAAAUAAUAAGUCAAAGUUUUUACUUAGUUUUGUGAAUCAUCUGACUUUUGAUUUAGUAUAAAAUUGACUUCUUCCGAAUCAAAACUCUAAUGGCUCACCGAGUCAAAUUUGUUAUUAAAUGAUUUGGUAAAGUUUUGGCUCGGUAUCUCAUCAUCUCGACUUGGUGUCUCAUCAUUUAGACCGUGAUUAUUUGUGUUUCAUCAGGCGUGACGUCUGUUUGUCUGCUCCUGGCAGAAAUGACCUUCCAUAUACAAGUGUGCGCUUCCCUCUAACUCACAGUUACUGUGAAAUGAACACAAAUCUCCACUUCAUGUAAAAGCAAUAGACGCGGUGAGUGAACUCUGCUGACAUCCAGCACAAAAACGUCGUCACUGCACAACAACAAGAGGAGUCAGAGAGCACUGAGAGGUGAACUAACAAACUGUUGAAUUUGGUCUUUUCAUGAGAUUUUUUUUUUUUUUUUAACAUGAAUGCAAACUAACACCAGCUUCAUCUUUAUCUGUUAAGUGUCUUCAGGUGAAUUUGGCCGCUUGGAACAGGAAAACUGACUAAAGAACAUUUAGCAGACGCCGCGUAGAAAGUACACAGCAACAUGCAUUCGCAAAUUUAGGCUUGUGCUUAUAUCCAUCAUUUAUACAAAGCCUUACAUGUAAACAUGACUGUGGUGUCACAUUGCUCGUGACAGGAAACAGAAAUCUUCCUCAGACUGUGCUUACGUUGGAGGGACAGAAUCAGACUGUGGUUCAUAAAGCUUAAGUGUGGUUUCCAUUAAAAAGAAAAAAAAAAAAAUGGUGUUUGCUGCUUCUGCUUUUCCAGCUUGCCGUCAUGUUUAACUCUGACUGACGUCUUCACCCCAGCAGCGGUGUCACCGGCUGUGUUUUAAUAGUUCUUCACCUUCAUUUAUACUCAGCCAGCGAGGUGGAAGGAGUGAGUGUACGAUGACAAGUUUUCCACAUUCAGACAGAAUAACGAUGUUCUUCGCAGGAGAGUCUCGUGUUGGAGACGCCACCUGGAGGUCAAAGGGCAAUUAAGACAUUUAAAUGGUGAAGCAUUAAAAGGGAAAUGUAGUCAAACAGGACGAGGUGUCCUUCAUCUCACUAUUUGAGUCAGUGUUGAUCACCAUCUCUCAUGUGUCUCCCUCAUUAAAAAUGGACAUUUAAAAGUUGUAAAGAAUGGAUCAGUGCUUUAUUAAACGA